AUGAUAAAGAAAGUACAUAUUUGUUUAUUUAUAAUUUUUUUUUAUGUUAUUUUUUUGAUACAUAUUUGUAAGGGCAUAAGAUUACAGAAUUAUAAAAAUGAACGAAUAAAUAAUAGACAUAUGUUGAAUACAAUACGAAAUAAUGUAUCUAUAUAUCAAAAUAAACAUAUAUCUAACAAUAAUACUAAAGAAAAUAAAUGUAAUAUAAUGAUAAAUUAUUAUGAUAAGUCAAAUAUAUUUUGUAAAAGUUUUCUUUUAUCCAUGGAAGAAAAGGAUAAUAUUAAAAACAUAAAGAAGAAGAUAGAAGAAAUCUAUGGUAUACCUUUAACAUUACAAGAGAUAUUAUAUGAUAAUAAAAAAUUAGAAAAUAACAUAACAAUACAAAAUAUAAUUAAAGAUAAACAAAUAAAAAUUCUUAAUUUACGAUUAAUAACUAUAUUACCACAUUUGUUUCUUCAAAAAGAUGAUGAUAACAAUACAAACAAAAGGAAUGAUGUAUCUUCAUCAUCAUCAUCAUCAUCUUUAUAUAAUAAUGAAUAUAUCAAAAGUAAUAAGCGUAUAACAUAUUUAAAAAACAAGUUAACUUAUUACGGUUAUUUAACAUUAUUAAAUGAAUACAAAAAAUUGUCUCAUAUAUUAGAAAACAAAAAAUAUAUUUUAAAAAAUGAUGAUAUUCUUGAAUCAUUUAAAUCUUUUGAUCAAGAAUUUGAAAAAACCUUAAAAAAUAAUAAUAUUAAUUUACAUAAAAUUAAAAAAGAAAUUAAUAAAUUAAAGCAUAUAGAUAAAAAAAAAUUAUUACUACGAUUAGAAGUAGAUUAUCCUUUAAUGAGUAAUAAUUUAACAAAACGUAUCAAACAAUUAUUUCAAUAUUAUUACAUGGGUGACAUUACAACAAUUAUAAAAUUCUCUAUCUUUUUUUAUAUUCUAUAUAAAUAUGCAGACUAUCCAAAUCAUAUAAAGAAAUUCUUUUUAUAUUUAUCUAUUUUAUUUCUAAUAUCUCCAUUUAAACCUUUUUAUAAAUUUUCACACUUUCUCUUUUUUUCUGUACCAAAUAAUAUACUUUUUUCAGGCUUUACAAAUAUUUUGUCUGCAUCCUAUCAACAAAUUUUGAUGUGUCAAUAA